UCCGCUCAAACCCUCUCAGCUUUCUUUCUCCAAUCUAAAAAGCCCUUUCAGAGAGAAGGGGAGAGUGAGAGAGAGAUCAGUCUACGCUCAAAAUAUCUUCGAUAAAGCGGCCGACUCGAUCUAGCAGCUUUUACUUUGUUUGAAGAGCUAAAAAAAUGGCGUUUGCUGCAAAUGCACCUGAUAUUUCCGGCGAGCGGCAAUAUGGACAAGACGUUCGCGCUCAAAACGUGAUGGCAUGCCAAGCCGUGUCGAACAUCGUCAAGUCUUCGCUUGGUCCUGUCGGCCUUGAUAAGAUGCUUGUGGAUGAUAUUGGUGAUGUGACCAUCACUAAUGAUGGUGCCACAAUACUGAAGAUGCUGGAAGUGGAGCACCCAGCUGCCAAGGUCCUUGUUGAGUUGGCCGAACUACAAGACCGGGAAGUUGGAGAUGGGACAACUUCUGUGGUCAUCGUAGCUGCAGAAUUGCUUAAGAAAGCUAAUGAUUUAGUGAGAAAUAAGAUACAUCCAACAUCGAUAAUCAGUGGUUACAGACUUGCAAUGAGGGAAGCAUGUAAAUAUGUUGAUGAGAAGCUGGCUGUAAAGGUAGAAAAGCUUGGUAAAGAUUGUCUUGUAAACUCUGCGAAGACCUGCAUGUCCUCAAAAUUGAUAGGCGGUGAUAGUGAUUUCUUUGCAAAUAUGGUUGUGGAAGCUGUACAAGCAGUUAAGAUGACCAAUGCCAGAGGUGAAGUUAGAUAUCCAAUCAAGGGAAUCAAUAUACUUAAAGCCCAUGGUAAAAGUGCCCGGGAUAGCUACUUACUUAAGGGGUAUGCUCUCAACACGGGACGUGCUGCACAGGGCAUGCCAUUGAGGGUUGCCCCAGCCAGAAUUGCUUGUCUUGAUUUUAAUCUUCAGAAAGCAAAGAUGCAAAUGGGUGUCCAAGUUUUGGUCAGUGACCCCAGAGAGUUGGAAAAGAUUCGUGAAAGAGAAUCUGACAUGACAAAGGAACGCAUUCAGAAGCUUCUUCAGGCAGGAGCCAAUGUAAUUUUAACUACAAAAGGAAUUGAUGACAUGGCACUCAAGUAUUUUGUGGAGGCUGGUGCAAUAGCUGUGAGACGUGUCCGCAAGGAAGACCUGCGUCAUGUUGCCAAGGCAACUGGUGCAUCUGCGGUUUCAACUUUUGCAGAUAUGGAAGGGGAAGAAACAUUUGAUUCAUCACUUCUGGGAUAUGCUGAUGAAGUAGUGGAGGAACGUAUUGCUGAUGAUGAUGUGAUUAUGAUAAAAGGAACCAAAACCUCAAAUGCGGUUUCAUUAAUACUUAGAGGUGCCAACGAUUACAUGCUUGAUGAAAUGGACAGGGCUUUGCAUGAUGCCAUAUGCAUUGUCAAAAGGACUCUGGAAUCUAAUACUGUUGUUGCUGGUGGAGGUGCAGUUGAGGCUGCACUAUCUGUAUAUUUGGAGAAUUUAGCUACAACUUUGGGGUCACGGGAGCAGCUGGCUAUAGCUGAGUUUGCUGAAGCUUUAUUAGUCAUUCCCAAGGUGCUUGCUGUCAAUGCUGCUAAAGACGCUACUGAUUUAGUUGCUAAACUACGGGCUUACCACCACACUGCACAGACUAAGGCAGAUAAAAAGCAUUUGUCAAGUAUGGGUCUAGACUUGAUAAAUGGUACCGUUCGGAACAACUUGGAAGCUGGAGUUAUUGAGCCUGCAAUGAGCAAAGUAAAAAUAAUCCAAGUAAGUGUCUGCAACCAGAUCGAUUCACUGAUCUUUCAGCACUUGACGUGUUCUAACUCACGACUUUGUUUUUAUUCUCUGUUAGUUUGCUACGGAAGCUGCUAUUACCAUCCUUAGGAUUGAUGACAUGAUCAGGCUUGUUAAAGAUGAGAGCCAGAAUGACGAUUAAGGGCUGUUACAUCUUUAUCGUAGUAAUUCUGCUGAAUCGCGAUUUCCAUCUCAACCUUUUUCACCAUUUCUCACGUUUUAUGUUUUAUGUUUUGGAAACAGAGUGUGCGAACAUGGCGCACUGCCCAUGGUGGUACUUUUUGGUACUAGAAAAUUUUGACAAUUUCAUGUACCCUUGACGUGAAUUUUGUGUAGCCGUGACAUUUAUGAUCGAGCUGUGGUGCAUGAUUUUUCUUAGGGUUGUGUUAUAAUCUGAAGUGAAUCAAUAGCACAUUUCGAAAUCAUCAUUUGUUUUAUUAA